UUAUACGAGAAAAUAACCGAAAAUCUUAUAGUGACUCUCAGGGCUAGAUUCAAGAUACCUCGAAGUGGUGAUAAAUUUUUGGUGUAAUUUUUUAAGUUACUUUUACGGUCUAAAUCUUAGUGAGGAAUAUCCAUAGUUACAGCAAUAAUGGCAGAAGCAACACCAGGGGAAACUCCUAUUGAAGCUGUGGAAGAAGUGCAACAAGAUACCGUUGAGAUAACCAUUGACGAAAGUGAGGAAGAAGAUGAAGGUAUUUCUCUUUCUGCGACAGGAAUUUCUGAAGGACACGAUUUUGAUUUUUAUGGUAACUACGGAGAAUUUGAUGAAAAUGAAGAAGAAUCUGUCGAAGGCACUUCUGCCACUACACGCACUGAAACUGAAUACGGCAUUGAAGGAGGCGAAGAGAUGAUGGGAGAACACGAAGAAGUUCAAGGAGAAGAAAAAGAACCACAAAAAAAGAAAGAAAUUGAAGAAGAAGAAAUGCUAGGUGAAGAAGAAGGAGGAUUUGAAGAAGAAGUCAUUGAUCCUGCUGCACCGUAUGCUUUAACUGACUCAAAAGAAGCUUUAAAAGCUCCGUUUGAAUUACAGCCUGAUCAAUUACAAGAGGUAAAAGAGGUAUGGGAUAUCUAUCAAGAUUAUACUCCUGCUUAUGCUGAACUCAAAGAUUACGUCACCGAGGUUGAAAUGGUGUACAUGUUAAAAUGUCUUAAUCUCCAGACUCAUACCCCGGAACAGAUGAUCGAAUUGAUGGAAUUUUGUACUAGACCACCGCAUCCUGAACAUCAUGUAGAGUAUCCUCAUUUUCUUCAUAUGGUUACUAUACGACAGAGAGAUAUGCCCAUUGAAGAAGAGAUACGUCUCGCAUUACAAGUACUAGAUAAGGACAAGGAUUCUAUAAUAGAUCGUGAGUUCUUCAAGGAAGUAUUAGGUGAACACGGGUAUAAGAUGAAUGCGAAAAUGUUGGACACCUUUGUCAAAGAAGUGGAUGUUAGUAACGACGGCACGAUCGGUAUUGAGGACGUAGUGGGUACUGUGUGCAUUGACUUAAAUAGAGAUGAUAUUAUUUUGCUCCAGAAUCAAAUCAACCCACCUCCUUUGGUGAUAGACGAGGAGAAGUUAGAAAAGUUGACGCAAUAACAGAGAAAUAGAAAUACUAAAAAUAUAAUAUCAAUACCUAUUAACAGAUAUAACAAUAGUAUCACUAUAGUGAUUAUUUAUCUACCUGAAAUAUCGCCAAUCGUUUGAAGAAACAUGUAACCAUAAAUAAUUAAAUGUACAAAAAAUAUUAAUUCAGUAUCAUGAAAACAAUAAAA